UCGUCAGGAACGGCUUUGCUUGCGUACCCCUUUACGAUAAAAGAGGGCCCGAGGGGAUUGGCGUAAACCGUAACGCUCGGGAUGUAAACAAGAUUUCGGUUUAAAUCUUCGUUACAACUUGCAAACGGUUCUAACUGUUACCAUUAACGAACGCGGCACGUAGUGAGAUAGACAACGACAUUUACUGUGGAAAAGUACAAAAAAAGAAGCGGACUGUAGAGCUUCUCGCUAACCCUAAACGUCUAAGCGUAAAGUGACGCGCAUUUCUGUCAUAACCUCUAAGCGUCAAUGAUAGGCGACGCUCGGACGCUCGUGAAUAUUAUAGCAAAAUAGAUCGAUACAUCCGCUUCUGCUCGAUCGUAGUUGGUCGUAUCCGUCGAGCGGAGAUUUAUGCAACGAUUCAAACAACCGAGACCCGGCGGCCGAAGGUGCAAGAGGAUGUUUCAUAGACAACGAGCAUGGAAUACGAUUUAGGAUCGGGUUGCGAGGGCCGUUGCUUGCGAGACUUGGAGAACCCGGACGAACUGACAUGUCCGACACAGGCACACGAAACAUGCGACCGUACCACGUGCUAUUCCCCACCGACGAUGGCGGAACAGUCGGUGUUCGAGAGGGAUCGGGCGAAGAAGAGUCUGUCCGCUCAGGUAAUGGAAUAUUAUCACAAGUACUCGCGAGACUCGAGUUUGCACCAGUAUUUUUCGCUACCCGUGACGAAUACUUCGCAGGAGGCCGUUAAGUACUAUUACGGUGCGUACGAAGUGAGCGCCCAGGUGGGCCCAGGUGGGUCGAACAGGCAAGACUGUAUCGGGGAAGAGUACAACUUAAAGUCUUAUGUCCCGAGAGAGAGACGUAGGUGGGUAAGACCCCCGUUAAUCGGGCAAUCCUCGAACGCGGAUGCUUCAUCCAGGUGUGUUCAACCGUUGACAGAUCCCCAGACGCCGUCGCCUGAUUUCAAGCGCCUCACGCCCGAAACGAUACAGGAGGAGAAGAAUGAGAGCCAGGAGAGGCUGCUCGACGUGAGCGACAGAAAAUUGUCCUCCCCGACUUCCAGCGUAGCGUCCUACAAGCCGCUCGAGUGGGACAGCGGCGCGGAUGUCGGCUACUUUAACCCGCACGCGCACAACAAGCAGAACAACAAGAAGCUCAGUACCAUAGAACGCAUGGCUCUGGCACGGGGAUGCUCCGCCGCUCUACGGUUAGACCCGGAAGGCACCACCGAGUCCGGGAUGCAGUCUGGGAAGAACGCGGCGACGCAGAGCGCCUCGAAAUUGUCGGCAGCGCCCAAUGCCAAUUCCACGCCGUUAGUCGGGAACGCUUCGGGCUCGGAGAGCGAGAUAGAGAUAACGCCCAUCGUUAAGAACCACUUGCCAGGAAUUAUUACGGGGGAUGACAUAAAGUCGCAAGAGAGAUGCGUCGCGAGCGACGUCGCGCAACCGAGGGCGAUAGUGAAGCCUACGACGCAGGAGGCGCACAUUUUGAUGGACACGCCCACGUCGUCGUCGUCCGCGUUUAAGGUGCCAUUGGUGAAGUAUCCAACGGUAGAGAGGAGAAUUAUAAAUGAGCGUAAAGAAAUCGCGCGGCCGGCGAGCUCGCCGAACUCGCCGUUGAAGAAGAGCGUCUCGAUGAACGUGAUACCCGCGUCGUCGUCGAGAUCUUCCCUGAAGAGGAGCCAGAGUGAGCUCAAUCUACACAGCAAGGGGGGGAAGGCUAUAUUGCCUCUGAUCUUCAAUUCCACCUCGUCUAUCGCUACCAUAGUAAACAAACCGGUCACCUGCGACAAAGUGAUACAGACCAACCUGGACGCGUGCUCUCAGGAAUCCGUGGGCGUUCAGGUUUCCGAUCUCGAGGAGAAGUCGCCGGAGAAGGAGCCGAGUUUACAAACGACGAUACAUUCCAUCCUGAAGAAGUCGAAGGGAACGUACAGAGUUAAGAAUCCGAGGAAGAGCGACGGCCCGCACGCGGCGGGCGACGCCGACGCUAAUACGAGCGCGAAAGAGAAUCAGCGGCGUCCGAGCAGUUCCGACAUCUCGCAGAACGCGUCGACCUCGAUAACGCCGCAGCCCGACGAGACGGAAAACGUGUCCGGGAAAGCCAACAGCUUCGAGUACUUCCCGGGGCACACCUACGCGAACGUGCCGAACGAAAGGGACAAUCACGUCUCCUCGGAUACCGGCAGGUCGAAUUCGACGUUACCGAACAGCAGUUCCAGCGUGAACGAGAAGCUCUGGGGGGAUUCGGACAGCCUGGUCCGCGAUCUCGAGAGGAGCGUCAACAUCUUGAAGAGCCUCGUCGACGCCAACAAGUGCGACAAGCAGGUGAAGAAGAGACUGAUACAGCACGUGAUUAAACGUCUCGUGACCGCGAAGUACAUGGACGAUAAGAUCGAGCACAACUUGGAGGACAACGUACCCUGGAACCCGGACGACGCGAGAAACAAAGUCUACAGAGCGGAACUGCUGCAGGCGCUGGCGAACAAGCACAGCACCACCGAGUCCUCGGACGAGUGGAACCUGCGGAAGAAGGACAUGUCGAUGCAGAAGUCCGUGGGGACCAUCAGCGACGUGAUAAAGGAAGUCGCGCUGGAGAGCAGCAACAGCGACAAGUUCGAUCGACACACCGACAGGACGGAGAUAGACGGCAGGAAGGCGCGACUGGGACUGAGGACGGACGACUGCCAGCAGAGCAGCAACACCCCGACGGACCCGGACAAGAGCGAGAGCUCCGAGUGCUUCGUACCCCAGCGCAAUCCCAAGAACACGAAAGUGAACGGCAUGUUUUGCUUCAAGGACAAAUUACCGCACAGAGAGUCGACCACGACGAACAGCAUACCGCCCGACCACAACAGGAUCUUGCUCGACGCCGUUGUGAACAACAGGAGAACGCCCGUCGAGUCGAACAACAACACGGACAAUAAUACCGACUGGCGGCUGCCGACUACGUCGUCGGAGAGACAAUUUGAAUUGAAGAAAUGCAGCAUGUCGGAGUCGGGCGACUCGAAGCUCGUCAAUUACGCCGAGAUGGAGAAGAGAAAUCAGUUGAUUUGGAUCACCAACGAGAUCAGCCACCUUUGCAACCUGAAGAAAUUGUUGGAGCAGCCCAGACGAUUGGAGAGACCCAAGUCCACGCCGAGAAAAUCCAAGUCGGCGAAUCUCAAGUCGAAGCAGGCGGCAGUACUUAGGCGGGAGCAUACUGACGUCGUGCACAGGAGCACGUCCGAUUUGCGAGAGGACUCGGUGAACGAGCCGUGGUCGUCUCACUGUAACCUGGCGACGUGCGAGGCCGCGAAGGACAGCGUAAUCCACGGGAUCAUGAAACGCAACAGCUGCACGCAGACGGCCACGAACGUGGCCAGCGUUUACUCCAAGACCGGAGGAGAGAUCGUGUCCGCGUCGAGAAUCCGAGGCUCCGCGAUGAGGCACAUGAUAACUGUCAGCGUGCAGACGUCACCACGGAAACUCCCCUCGGCAUCAGCCGCGGUAGAGCCGCGCGUGCACGAGACGAAAUCCGCCAACUCGCAGACUCCGUGCGCGCACUACCACAAUAGCGUCAAGUGCAAGGAUCAGUCGUGCCAGACGCACAGCACCGGCCAAAUCGUGCGGUGUACGUGCGUGUCGUGCAACCAGAGCGCACCGAUCGUCUCGCAGCAGACUCAAACGAGCUACGCGAGCGACGCCAGCACGACGGAGCGCGUUUGCCACCACAAGGUGGUCUCGCAAGGCGCGAGCGUCCAGCAGAAACAGAAAGAGGCUAAAAAUCAAAUCAACACCCAGUCCAAGUCGAAGCACGGCUGCGCUCACGGUGCCUGUCCGUCCGUCAGUGACAACCAGCGCGUUGGAUCGAGCGUUGAACCGAAGCGGGCCCAAGCUGAAUGCUACAAGCGACCGUUACUUACGACGUGUCCGUCGUGUUCCAAGCAGAAGCCCGUUACAGGCGUGAGCAGUGCUGCCUGCAACUGCGGCGCGUGUCAGAACAAUCCCUCCCGCAGGCACGGAGACAAUCAGGCCUGCGUCUGCGCGAACGCGUGCAAGUGCGACUCCAGCAGCGACGCUAAUAGAAGAAUCACUGGCAAGCCGCGACAAAAUUAUAACGCGAAGAGUCAGAGCAGGCACGCGUCAAGCUGCAGCGAGCAAAGAGAGAACAGGGAAGAAGUUUGCGAUUGCGCCGCGUGCGAAAAUCGCGCGCAAACCAUGGGAGCGGGAACGCUGUGCGAGUGCCGCUCGAACGGCAAAAUCGACGGUAACGGAUCGUGCCGGUUCGAGUGUCGCUUGAAGAUAGCCGAACACCAGUCGCAAGCGCAAGCUUACUCCGACAGCUCGCGGGGUAGCAGCGACGUGAUUCAACAACGUAGAGUACAAAGUAGCUUAAAGUGUAAUUGUGAUGAGGCUUGCUCCUGUAGUAAUAGUCAGACGAAGGAUACCGUCAAGGGAAGAGCGUGCAAGAAUUACGCGUCGAAACCAAAUUUCGUAGACGAUAUCAGUAUUAGUAAGGCCGAUAAGAAUCGUAAGCACUGUCGCGUGUGUGGUGCCAUGUAUCAAAAUACUCGGAGAUGUGACUGCCGUCAAACGUACCCCAGAGCGGUCGCGUACGAAUUAUCGUUCACCAAGGAGAACGUCUCGAAGAGCGAGAUGAUGUCGGAUAUCGUUCAGAUAAUGCCGAAAGCAGCGUCCAACAAGCAGCAUAUAAACGCAGCGAAACCCGACGCGUGCAACGCUUGCGACAUGAAGAAGAAUAAUCUGAACGCGAAGAAUUUUCGACAGACGAGUAGCUUGCAGGAUUAUUUGUCCAGAAACAAUCCCGAGUUUGUGGGAAAUGCGGAGACGCGUCGGCAGUAUUUGUCGGAGAUAUGUCAAUUACGAGAGUUGAGGAAGGAGAAGCGGAUACAGCUGCUGGCGAUGGCCAGCACGUCCAAUAUUAUUAAAUCCGCGCCAACAGCGAAGCCAACAGUUUCUAUGCAACCAAAAAUUACGGACAAGGAAAUGAAGGAGCGAUUGCGCAAGCGAUAUCUUCGACUGAACGAGGUGCGCUUCAAGCGACGACAGCAAGAGAAGCAGGAGGAGGCACGUCGAAACCAGCUGAUGGCGAAAAUCUUUUGCAAGAGACUGCAGCAGAAGGUUCUGAGGGGCCAAGGAAAAUAUCUCGGGAAAUUAAAUCCGUACCAUCAUCAAGUUUCUGGCGACGUUUCGGCUGUCGACCAGUACACCUUAUUACUGACGUCCUUUAAUUACGACGGUAAUGGAGCUGACACGUUCUUCUGGGCAGGUGCAUCGAACAGACCAGGCCCGCAAGGAUUUAUCGUUCCCGAUGAGUGGGGCAAGACAAACAUACUGGACCGAUACUUCAACAGGGAUUUCACGUUGACUCUGCCAGAUAAUAAGAAGAUAACGGAUAUCAAGUGGUUUGCGAUAUAUGACUUAUCAAGUCAGAACACCUUCGGUGACGUGUACAUCCCGGAGGAGUUUGACCCGCCGUCACCUCAGAAGAUAUCGGAGCUGUCGAGGAGGUCUCACAAUGUCUCGUCAGAGCCGAUCAUAAUUUUGGACUCGAAGACUAUCAGCAUACCGCAAUUUACUUACGACGGGCAGGGUGUGGACGCGUAUUUCUGGGUUGGACUUGGCCCGCAACCGUCUAGCAAGGGCCAGAAAGUACCUGAUGAAUAUGGAUACGUGGAUUCUCUUAGAGCCUACCACAAUGAAGACGUUGUAUUGGAGCUACCAGGAGACAUGACCGUCUUCGACAUAGAUUGGCUGAGUGUUUUCGACGUGAAAACCAAGUCGAACUACGGCUCUAUCAUAAUACCCGAUGGGCUCAACGUGCCGCCGUCGCUGGUGCGAGUUAUCGAGCAAAGUAAAUCUCUCCCGAACUGCAUCCAGCUCCACAAGCGGUAUCAGGUCGGCUGGGAAAUUUUUGGCCCUCAAAUUACUAUUCAAUUGGCAGGUCAAGUCGCCGAGGAUGAGUACAUGGCGUUCGGCUUGUCCGGCUCGGAGGACUCUAGCCGAAUGGAAGGAGCGGACGUGGCGAUCGCGUACAUGGACGACACUCGCGGAUACGUCACGGAUUACAACAUCACAGCGAAAGCACCGUGUGGAAAGGUUCUCGGUCAGUACAAGGGCGUGUGCAGGGACGACCUUCUCGGCGGCCUGGACAACAACCAGCUCUACACCGCAGUGAGAGAAAACGGCAUUAACGUCAUCACGUACCGACGCACCCUUAUUUCAUCCGACCCCGGGGACAAGGAUUUCCCCACGGAUAGACCGGUGUACGUGGUCUGGGCUUUGGGCAGGCUCGACAAAACCGACAGCGAGCCAAGCUUUCACGAUCUGUAUCAGAGGGGCGACGUGAUGCUCGAGUUGGGCCGCAAGGAGCCGGAGAACACUUGCAUCGACUUCACAGAGACCAACAGGAAGUUCUCACAGAGGGAACCUUGGCAGAAGACGGAAAUAUUCGACAGAAGUGUGAGAACCUUCAAGGCGACCAUCGGACCCUCCGGAGGGAAGAGGGGAUACCAGGGAAUCACGGGAAAACCAUCGGUGGGGCUCGCGUGGUACAUCGAGGGCACGCUGAUACCCGAGUUGUACCUACGUCGGGGCCUGACGUACAAUUUCCGCGUCCACGGCGGGAACAAUCCGCACAGCGCGGAGCUGUAUCACCCGUUGAUCAUAACCGACGAUCCUCACGGGGGAUACGACACGCUAAGCGACCUUGCGCAAAGCAAGAUCAGAGUACUUGCUGGCGUCGAACUGACUAGAAGAGGUCGACCACGACCGACCGCGGUUGGGCCACUUUGUUUAAGCAAACAUAGCGGUCGAGAUAGAAGACUGGACGACAAUUUCCCGUCAUUUAGAAAGUUCAACAGAACCCUCGCGCAGGUCUGCGAGCCAGGAGAAGGCGGCAGCUUGGUGAUAAGUCCAAACUCCUCGUGGCCCGAUCUGGUUUAUUAUCACUCGUUCACGCGUGCAAACAUGGGAUGGAAGAUCCACAUAAUCGAUUCUUAUACGAGGAGCGAUGCGAUCACAUAUAGAUUAUCAGUAUCUGUUGCAAUUGUGGCUGUACUUCUUCGUCUGUUAUAAAGUUAGGCAUAAAAUAUGGACAAAUAUCUAUUAUAGUGCCAAACACUUUUCAGCUUACGUAAGGAUGCACUGAAUCGAGUAACCAUUUUACCUAACUUAGCACGAUACGUUUCGAUGCGACGCGAGACGAAAAACGGCGAUAAAUUAAUCCGUACGAUUUGUUGAGAAAAUGAAGACACUAAUGUAAUAGUUCCUACAACGGGUAUAACGAUUUCGCUGAGGCGGGAAAGCAAAAUGAAGAAUACAUUUGUUAGAAAUAACACUUUUAAAUCGGUAAGAGGUCUAUAUUUUACACAUUUACAGAAAUCCGAGAAAAAGAGCGGAAAUUGAACGUGAAAGACUCAGGUGUGAUUAGGGGUAUUGCAAAACCUUACGUUGCAUCCGGAUUUGCGCACGCGACUGACAUUUAUAUAGAUGUAGCGUCCAUUCACAACAUGCAAAAUCACGAGAAAACAUUCAGUGACAUUAAAAUAUAAAGUAUAAAGGCACUCUCUCUCUAUUUAUAAUUCCUAUAUCACUAGCUAGAGGAAUGGAACCACUGAAUCAUACCCCAUUGAAAAUCAAUGGAACAGAGCCUUGUCGUCAGACAGAUAUGUAUUUACAACACAAAAAAGCACCACAUGUAACAAUAGUCAUUUUCUCUAUUUUUUUGCAAUAAAUCUCUUUCU